CCUAGCGGAAGUGGAGCGCUUGAGUGUAAAUAGCAGACCGUCGGGAAGCGCGUGAUGGGUUUAACCGGAGCGAUUCUGGCGCUUCUGGCCGCUCUGUGCGGUGUGUGUCAGUCGCUGCAGGGCGGGAUGCUGUUCCCCACGGAGUCUCCCUCCAGAGAAGUGAAGGACGUGAGCGGCUUGUGGCGGUUCCGAGCGGAUAUGUCUCCGGAGCGGAACCGCGGAUUCGAGCAGCAGUGGUUCAAGCGUCCUCUGGCGGAGACAGGGCCUGUUAUUGACAUGCCAGUGCCGUCCAGCUACAAUGACAUCACACAAGACGCCAAGAUCCGUGAUUUCAUUGGCUGGGUGUGGUAUGAGAGGGACGUAUGGGUGCCGUCGCGCUGGAUCCAGGACCGGGGAACACGGAUCGUGCUUCGAGUGGGAAGCGCUCACUAUUUCUCAAUGCUUUGGGUGAACGGGGUCAAUGUGAGCGAGCACGAGGGCGGUCAUCUCCCGUUUGAGGCGGACAUCGGCGCCGUUCUGCGGCAGACGAACGGGAAGCCGUGUCGAAUCACCAUCGCUGUGAACAACACUUUAACUCUAGAGACGCUUCCACCGGGAACCAUCCAGUACAUGAACGAUCGCAGCAGAUACCCCGCUGGAUACUUCGUCCAGAACACUAACUUUGAUUUCUUCAACUACGCUGGAAUACACCGACCGGUCCUGCUGUACACCACACCGGCGGCGCACAUUGAUGACAUCACACUGGAGACCAGCUUCUCAGACAACAUCGGGCUGGUCAGGUUUAACGUGUCCGUGUUGGGCAGCUCUAAACCCGCUGUGAAAGUCACGCUCUCGGCUCACGACGGCAGACGUGUGGCUUCGGCCGACGGCUCCAGAGGAGUCCUCAAAGUCACGGACGUUAACCUCUGGUGGCCGUAUCUGAUGCACGAGAACCCAGCGUACCUUUACUCCAUGGAGGUUCAGGCGACAGCGGAGGACGGUCAGACGGAUGUCUACACUCUUCCGGUGGGGAUUCGCACCGUUAAAGUCACCAGCACACAGUUCCUCAUCAACAACAAGCCGUUUUACUUCCACGGGGUCAACAAACACGAGGACGCAGACAUCCGAGGGAAAGGCUUCGACUGGCCUCUGCUGGUGAAGGACUUUAAUCUGAUGAAGUGGAUGGGAGUGAACUCGUUCCGCACCAGUCACUAUCCGUACGCCGAGGAGAUCCUGCAGACGGCCGACCGGCACGGCAUCGUCAUCAUCGACGAGUCGCCUGGAGUGGGAAUCAAAGACAUACGCAGUUUCGGGAACGUGUCUCUGGUUCAUCACCUGAGGGUCAUGGAGGAGCUGGUGCGGCGUGAUAAGAAUCAUCCGUCUGUGGUCAUGUGGUCUGUGGCCAAUGAGCCGGCGUCAGAGAUGCCCCCCGCCGGACUCUACUUCAAGGAACUGGUGUCUCAUACGAAAUCUCUGGAUUCGUCGCGUCCCGUCACGUACAUCACAGACAGCAACUAUGCCAGAGAUCUCGGGGCUCCGUAUGUGGACGUCAUCUGUGUGAACAGCUAUCUGUCGUGGUAUCAUGACCCGGGUCACACAGAGAUCAUCAGUCUUCAGCUCAACACUCAGUUUGAUGACUGGUACGGGAAAUACCAGAAGCCCAUCAUCCAGAGCGAGUACGGAGCGGACGCCGUGCCCGGAUUACACAGUGAUCCACCCAUGAUGUUCACGGAGGAGUAUCAAACCACCGUCCUGCAGAACUACCACAGCGUGUUCGACCGGAAGAGGAAGGAGUUCCUGAUCGGAGAGCUGAUCUGGAACUUCGCCGACUUCAUGACGGCUCAAACCAUCACUCGAGUGGUUGGGAAUAAGAAGGGAGUCUUGACCCGGCAGCGUCAGCCCAAAGCCGGAGCGUUUCUGCUGCGAGAGCGAUACUGGAGGAUCGCCAAUGAGACGUCUCGGCCCGCUCUCCAUGAGCCGGAUCAGCUGUGAGGGGAAACCAGGUUUAUCAGGAGGAAGUGCCUUAUGUGUGCCACACUGGGGAUCACAGCUGUGGGGAAACACAUGUGUUGUGUGAUCAGUACAGAUGCUGUGUUCUUCGUAAAGACACUCAAUUGUUUUCUUUUAAAGUCCUGAAUGCAGCAACACUAUUAAACUGGAGCAGGAAUGUUUUCUCUUUUUUUCAGUGUCUGGGAUUCAUAUUGUGAACGUUUGAUAACCAGUGAACAUGUCCAGGUCACAUUUCACCUCCGUUAAAAUAAAUAACAUUUCGUUUAAGGACCAUUUAGUCUAUUUUAGGACCAGCAAGAUUUUUUUUUUUACAUGAUUUACAUUAUAAUUAAAACACAUUUUCUACCCAAAUUCAAUAGUGUAAUGCUAUAUAGUUGUUUAUAUAUAAUUUUGCUAUUUGUUGUUUGCCUAGAUGCAGAUAUGUAAUGUUUUUUAUGUAUUACAGUAAUAACAUUAUUCCAUGAGAACCUAAUAAGGAUCAAUUGAGAAUGAGAAUUGCAAAAAAAAAAAAAUUGAAGAAAAAAUUUAAUGAUCAUAAAAAGUCAAAAUAAAUAAAUAUAAAAUAUAAAUAUAUUUUCGUUUUUUUUUUUUUAAGGUGAAAUGUGACCAGGAUGUGUUUUCUUCCCACUGGCAGUAGUUAAGUAAACGGUCUACUUUAUUAUAUAUUUUAAUCAACUUCUAAUAAUUGGCUCCAGUAUUUCUCAUUUUGAGGCAUGUGUGUAAAUGUCCAGCUGAUGAUUUUUAUGAGAGUGUACUUUACUUUAAUUACUUCAUAAACAAUGAAUGAAUCCUUUGUUCGUGGACAUUCCAGACAUUCCCGAGUGAUGUCAUCAAAAUAAAUGGCAUUCCAACAA